CGAGGGAGGAGGAGGAGGAAGAGGAGGAGGCAUUUUGUGUUUGCAUGCUUGCAGGCCAAAUGCACUAAAGUGACAGCAAUGGCACUGAACCGACGCAGUUUCCUUUGGCUGUUGACUUGUAAAACUAGGCGAUGCUUUGCACAGCAAAACAGUCCAUCAUCAUUGUCCUGCUACAAAGUAGGCAGUCCACUGCGCCUUUAAGUGGAGGAGUGCUAGAGAUUAGCUUGGUCCAGGAUCCAGGGCCCAUCUGUCAGGAGAGAUGCUCCAACAGAGAGGAAGUGUUGGGCACAAGCAGGAGAACCAUCUGCUUCUUCCAAGGAGGUUGGGUGACCAGUUCUAUAAAGAGGCCAUCGAGCAGUGCCGCAGCUACAAUGCCCGCCUGUGCGCUGAACGCAGUGUGCGCUUGCCAUUUCUGGAUUCACAAACCGGGGUGGCCCAGAACAACUGUUACAUCUGGAUGGAACGCCAUCACCGCAGCCCAGGGGUAGCAUCCGGCCAGAUGUAUACCUAUCCGGCCCGUUGCUGGAGAAAGAAGAGACGGCUGCACACCACCACUGACCCCAGCCUGGGUAUCUUUGGCCUCCAGCUUGACAGCGGUCUUGUGUCCAAAGACACGUUGCCCACCCAGGGCACAACACUGGAAGCUCUGCUACGAGGCGAGGGUUUAGACAAGAGGAACUCCAGGAAUGAUGAGGAGAGUUUGUUGGAGAUCCAGAGGGUUCUAGAAGCAGAUGCAGCAGAAGAUGCUUUCAACGAUGAUGAUGACUUUGAGGUGGACACUCCCAAAAAGCGACACCGGGGCAAGGGAAGAGGUCGCGGUUCAGGUCGCAGGAAGGCAGAUCUAGAUGAUGACAAGCCAUAUGUCUGUGACAACCGAUACAAACAAAGGAACUCCAACAACAAGUCUUCAACUUCAGUCUAUGCAAAGCGCUACAAGAGCCGUGCGGGACUAAGUUACCACUAUACUCAUCCUCACCUAGCGGAGGAGGACAGGACCGGGGAAAAGAGCUCUGUACCAUCCUCUUUACAGCCUACUGACCGGCAAAAACGCCCAAAGGCUCCAGUCGGGACCAUGAUUACCAACAGCUACUGUGAAAAAUGUCACAACUCUAACAAGAAACUCAUGAAAUCUGGGUCCCCCUGCACAACCUGCCAAUGCAAAGCUGACGGCCCAGAGGGCAAGGAGGACGGGAAUCAGGGCGGCGCAGAGGAGCUGUUCGCAACCACCUCUGAGAGCGACGCCUCCACCUUUCAUGGCUUUGAGGACGACGACAUGGAAGAGCCUACCGCUAACAGCAAUGGAUUAUCCAGCCGACACAGAUAGACUUUUAAAAAAAAAAAAAAAAAAAAAAAAAAAAAAAAAAUCUGGAUUCAUCUGCUGCUUCUAUGCUCGCCCUCAUUUCCUCCCAACUUGUGUUUGCAGAAAGCACAAAGUGAUGGCUUCUGGACACACAAAAAACAAGUGGUAUUUUAUUGACUGGACUUUAAUUUAUGGACUUUUAUAUCUAAAUAUAUCUAUUAACUUUGAAGUCAACUAAUGACUUACAAAAAAUUUAAGUUUUCCCCUCUUUGGAGCAGAAGGAGCACUCAUGUAGUGAACAAAAAGAAACACUGGAGAAAGCAUACAUUUGAACAAAUGAACCUUUUGAUGCAUAGAAGCUGUUUGAAUGUGGCUUCAGACCCUUUACUGGAUAUUAAUGAACCGAUGACCUUGUUGAGCUCCAACUCUGGAUUAUAUUCGUACUUAAACAUGAAGGAACCAAUGAAUGAACUACCAUGAAACUCUGUAGAUGAAGGCCUCUAUAUUUUUUCUUUAUGGACCUGAGGAGGUUGUUAAAAUAGAAGGUAAGUAAAUGUUUCUAUACUUUACAGCAGGGGGAUUCAAAGUUUGGCCCAGUGGCCUUCUUUUAUUGUAAAGCUAAUUUUUAUCGUCCUGUAAAAAAAAUAAUGAAUUCAGUUGUAAUGAUUACACAGAUUUUGCCACAAAGCUGAGAUGUUUUUGUUCAGAUAGCAUACGGGGAUUGCUUUUAACAUUUAAAAUGUAGAAAAUGUAUGUAAGUUGCCGACCAUCAGUGUUGCCAGAUCUCCCAAGAGAAGCAAGCAACCCGCGCAAUAAAAACAAGCUCAACAGGCAACCCAUCACAUUGUGAAUAAUAUAGAUACCUUCAUUACUGCACUAUGCAUACGCAACAGUAAAAAUAUAAACACCGCUAACGUAGUACAUUUGAAAAACUUAAAUUAUUUAGAAAAACUUGGGAUUUAUAAACCCCGAUUGAUGUAUGAUUUUUACCCAAGUUGCUAUUUUCAGCUCAUUGAUUUGUUUCAUUGUGUUUUGGGACUAUUAAACACAUGUCCCUUUUCAUUCUAGUUGUAUUUAUAUACAUUUUAUAAUAAUUUUUUUUACAGUAAAUGUGCAUAGUUUUACUGUGCCACAAAGUUGUUUUAGAUGAGAGAACUUCAAAAUAGUGAUAUCACUGUUAGUCAAAGAUGCCAAUAUUGCACCACCUUAUGGGUUUACAAAUUAGAUGUAAUUCCCACCAAAAGAGUAUGUAUUAAAUAUUUUAAAUAUUCUGAUCUAACUAAAAGUUGUUUGCAUGAUUAAAAAAACGAGUAACUUCUAAAAAGUACAAAUAUAACAAAGGUGUUCUAAACAGCUCUUUAAGAUGAAUGACGCAGAAGACCAGCUUCUUUUAUCCAUCCAUCCAUCUUCUUACGCUUAUUUGAGGUCAAGUCACAGAGGCAGCAGCCUAAGCAGAGAAACUCAGAUUUCCCUCUUACUCUGAGCUCCUCCCGAAUCACAGAGCUUCUCACCCUAUCUCUAAGGGCCACCCGACGGAGGAAACAAAUUUUGGCUGCUUGUACCCGUGAUCUUGCCAAUGCAGGGUCCGCAUCACUGCAGAUGCCGAACCGAUCCACCUGUCGAUCUCACAAUGCACUCUUCCCUCACUCGUGAACUAGACCUACUACUUGAACUCUUUCACCUGGGGCUGGAUCUUGUCCCCAACCCAGAGAUGGCCCUCUAACCUUUUCCGGGCAAGAACCUCGGACUGGAAGUGCAGAUUUCCAUCCCAGUCGCUUCACACUCACCUGCGAACCGAUCCAGUGAGAGCUGAAGAUCCUGGCCAGAUGAAGCCAGCAAGACCACAUCAUCUGCAAAAAGCAAAUACCUAAACCUGCAGCCACUCUUAUGUUUGACCGUGAUGUUUGUAGUGGACAAUCUGUGACGAGCACAAAAGUCCAAUAACAAAACACCACUCUGGUUUAGAUCCGGGAAGCCGUUCCUCCUAAUUACGCGUCCAGGUUUCACUGUCAUUGCCAAUGUGAGAGUAGAAGUCCCCCAGUAAAACAAGGGAAUCACCCGAGGAAGCACUCUCCAGUACUUCCUGUAAGGACUCCACCCGGAGGCGGGGGGAAGCUACCCUCUCGCCCACCGGGUUAAACUCCAACGUGCAGGCUCUGAGCAGCAGGGCAACCAGUAUUGCCACGCCCGUCGGUCGCCUCUUACUGCUGGCUAUGCCAGAGUGGAACAGAGUCUAGCCCCUCUCGAGAAGACUGGUUCCAGAGCCCUUGCUGUGUGUCGAA